AUGCGUUUGAGCAUAAGGGGAGGAUAUGGGCGCUUGAUCAUAAAGUACAGCGGUGCGACAAUUCCAGCGCAAAAGAACGUUAGACCGAAUACGGUGAUACGUGCAGCUGAAAGGAAGCGGUACUCGCCUUCGGUCACUGGCCGGCAUGGAGGUAGGACCCAACGAGCAAUCCAGGACUUUGGCGGUUGCUUGGCAGUUGCUAAGGUGCGACAUCCAAGAUGUGACAUUGCGUGGCCGCUAAAAGUCCGAGCAAUGGUGGCAAGGAGAACCAUUGUCGCCCUCUUUUGUUGCGUGGGAUACUCGGUUGACAAUUUUCGCACCGUGAUACUGUUCGUUUUGUAA